ACUCCAGAAACAAGGCCAUACAUGCACUCCUGGUCUUCCUACCUUCGUGCAUGGUUGCAGCCGAUUGCAAAGUACCAUCCAGCCCUCAUUGGAGGCUCUCCUCUCGUUUGUCGCCAAGUCAGUUAGAGCCGUGCUUGCCAGAAGGUAGAUUUUAUGUUGGAGCUGAAAGCACGGCUGAUCCAAAAUAAGGAAUCCCCUGGAGACGAUGACCGUCCGACGCCCGUCAAAAAGUGUGAACGACGCAUGGAUGUAUGAAAGGAUGGAUAUGUGGAUGGUCGGCUGGUCGGCUGGUAGGGAGGUAGGUUGGUAGCGAGUAAGGAAAUCCUUGAGAAGAGGCCACCGUACCGGGUGUCAGAGUAGCUUUCGAAUGGACAUGGAUUAUGGCUGAGAGUGCGAGCUUGAAUUCCAUUCAACUUUAUUCGAUUGAUACCGUGAUUGUGCCAUUCGAAGCCAGAGGCUGGGCUUGAAAGUGCAGUUUAGCAUCUGUUUGAAAAAGCUUAGUCUUAGUCGCUAAAUAUGAGUAGCUAUAAACAGUUCGAAAUCAGUGAGAGUGAUCUUAUCGAAGAAUUCAAGACCGGAGAGACCAAAUACUCGGUGCAAAGGGAGAAAAUUGUUGGGGCUCCUUUCAAACGCUUGCAAGACUUUGGGGAGACUAAAUACUCACGAGUCAAGGACAACGUUCAGAGUUUUCAGUAUCAACCUGACCUUGACAAUAGCAUCACAUCUGUGAAAGAAUCUUUUGUCGAGGUUGAGAACAACCUUGAGGAUCAAGUUGCAGAUGAAGUAAGCGAAGGCCUGGAUCAGACUAAAGAAUACUUGGGCAAUGGAAUAGGCCAUUUUGAAAAUCUUGCUGAAAAUGACCAAACAUUUGAAAAUGGCAUUGAAGCAGCCCAAGAAUCUUUGAGUAACGCGGAGGCCGCCAUUGAUGAUAACUUGGGAGAGCUUGCAUCUGAUCUGAAGGGCAAUUCUGCCAGAAGUCAAAAGUCAUUAGCCCUGAGCGUUAUUGCUGGAGACGAUCUUGAGACCGAAGGCCCAAACAUUGAUCGUAAUAUGACUGGAGAAGGGAAAGAGAGUGAGCAUGAAGGUUCGCCAUCAAACACAGGAUCUAGAGCGACCUCUGCCAAAUCGACCACAUCAUCUACGCGACCAAAUAGUGAUCCGGAAAAUGGUUCAAGAGAAGCCUCAAGAAAGUCCCUCAGAGAUGAGGAUAAUGAUUCAAAACACACAACAUCCAGACCAGGCUCGUGGGUAGCAGGGGAGACCGAAACACAGGCUGAGCCCGAAACAGAAUCCGUAGUGGAACGCGAGGUGGAGACCGAAACAGCACCCAAAGUAGCACCUGAAGCACAGCUUGAUGAAGAACCCGAAGUAGAACCCAAAGAAGAAUCUGAGGCACAGACUGAAGCAGAACCUCAAGCAGAAUCUGAAGCAACCCCUGAAGUAGGACCGGAAGCAGAGCUGGAAGCUGAAGCAAAACCGGAAGCUGAAGAAGAACCGGAAACCGAAGCUGUAGGUGGAGCAGAAGCAGAAGCUGAAGCAGAAGCUGCAGCUGAAGCAGAAACUCACGCUGAAGUCGAAGAAGGACCUGAAGCCGGAUUAGAAACUGAAGCUGAUGCUGAAGCUGGAACAGAAGCUGAAGCUGAAGCUGGAACAGAAGCUGAUGAUGAAGCUGGAACAGACGCUGAAGUUGGAGGAGAACUAGAACCCAGACCUGAAUCUGAAGCCAGACCUGAAUCUGAAGCUAGACCUGAAUCUGAAGCUAGACCUGAAUCUGAAGCCAGGCCUGACUCUGAAGCCAGACCUGAAUCUGAGGCAGAACGAGAGUCUGCAGCAGAAGGAGAAGACGAAGCAGAACGACAAGCCGCAGCAGAACGAGAAGCCGAGGCAGAACAAGAAGCCGCAGCAGAACGAAAAGCGACUGCAGAACGAGAAGCCGAGGCAGAAAGACAAGCCGAAGCAGAACGACAAGCCGAAGCAGAACGACAAGCCGCAGCAGAACGAGAAGCCGAGGCAGAACAAGAAGCCGCAGCAGAACGAAAAGCGACUGCAGAACGAGAAGCCGAGGCAGAAAGACAAGCCGAAGCAGAACGACAAGCCGAAGCAGAACGACAAGCCGCAGCAGAACAAGAAGCCACAGAAGAACGACAAGCCGCUGCAGAACGACAAGCCGAGGCAGAACGACAAGCCGAAGCGAAACGACAAGCCGAAGCAGAACGAAUGACCGAAGUAGAACCCGAACCCGAACCCAAAGCCGAGGCCAAAGCAGAGUCCGAAGCUAAACCUGAAUCUGAGGCAGAACCAGAACACGAAGCCAACGCAGAACCUGAGGCAGAACCAGAGCAAAUAGCAGAACCAGAAGCUCUGACGAAAGAAGAGACCGAAACAGGGGUCAAAACCGAGGCCAAAACUGAGGCAGAAAAUGAGGCAGAAGCUGAGGUAGGGGCAGAAACAGACGUUGAAACAGAACCUGAGACCAAAGCGGAGGCAGAAGCUGAAGUUGAACAUGAGCCUGGAGCGGCAACAGAAGCAGAGGUAGACGCUGAUGGAGAGCCCAACGAAGAUCCCGAAGUCGAACCUGAAGCGGAGGAAGGACGAUUGGCUUCAUCAACGGCAAUGUCUAUAAAAGCUGCUGAUGAGCAAGAAGAUGAAGAUGGGCCUGUUCUUGCCCCAUCCACAGCCCCUGGCCGAAUGGAAGGUUAUCCUCACAGUGGGCUAAUAUACAGCAAAGGUGUGCGAAGAAAAGUUCCUCCGUAUCUCCGAAAUAUUCGCUCUAAGAUUCAUUCUACCUUCACGUCAAAUUCCAAUUAUAAAGGAGAAAAUGAUUCUGGUGUGGAUGAAAGUACUCAAGGUGGAGGAUCUUCCCCUCGCAAGGUUCAAAGUAACGCUUCAAAUGCAUCAGCCACCGCCUCAAAGACCCGUUCACGACAAGGCAAAGCCGCUCGCAACCGAUCUACUGCAAGAAGUCAAUCUGUGCCAAAGCCAUUUGGUACAUUUGGACCCGCCCCUCCACCGGAAAAGAAAGUGCCCAUGAAUAAAGUGAAAGUUGGCAUGUCCUCUUCCCCAAAUUUGAAAGAAAUCAAGUCCAAGGUUGGAAGUCUGGCCAAUACAACUUAUAAACCAGGUGGUGGUGAGAUCAAAAUUGAAAGUAGAAAAUUGGAGUGGAAAGCUGGAGCUCGAACCCAGGCUAAAAACGAUGGCUACGCUCCUAAAGGGGGAGAACGCAAGAUCGAGAGCCGGAAAUUGGCGUGGAACGCGAAUUCUAAAAUUGGAUCAAUGGCUAACACCAGUCAUAAACCUGGUGGAGGAGACCGAAAGAUCCAGUCACAAAAACUUGAUUGGAAGGCCGACUCGAAGGUGGGAUCGACCAAAAACCUCAAGCAUAAACCUGGUGGAGGACAAGUCAAGGUGGAGCGAGCAAUCUUGACCCAAAAGGUCACCAUUACAUCAGCCAAGAGUAAAGUGGGAUCUCUUGACAACGUCAAACACAAACCAAGUGGAGGAGAUAAGAAGGUGUUCAAUGAUGUUGAGUAUUUGCGCCAAACCUCGGCGUCGCACUCCGGAUACAAUAGUAGAAAUAGCUCACGCAGGCAAUCAGGUUCACAGAGAUCUCCCCUGCCCGAGGGAGCAACUCCUGAAAUGGAACCCCUCGAAAAUGGGAUCGUGGAUGAAGAUGGAGAUGCAGGGGAUCGCGAGGAAAAUGGAGCUGAUGAAGAGGUCAAGACCAACGAGACACAAGAAGACUCGGAGGACAAUCCCAACGGCGGCGAUGAAGAAGUGCUAGAGCAAUGAGGAUCACCCAUAACUCCAUUGACGGAUGGAUAUCCUAAUUCAAUGAAAAAUCCUCUCUAUAUGCUAUAUAUUUUAAGCAAUCCCUCACUAGUCAUUCUUCCUUCGUGGAGAGACGAAUUCAAAGCAAUGAACAAACCCCGGAAUCGAAACUUCAUCCAAACUAACAUCACCUUGAUUUCUAGUCAUAUUUACAAGCUACCCUGGCACGAGUACGCCUUUGUAAAUAGCAGGAAAUCUUAAUCUUCUUCAAAGAUUUGUACUUUACCAACUUCAAGUCCAACGGCAACACUAGAGCAUGCAAUGAGACAAUGAUUCAUUUGUUUGAUUUCCUGAUAUGACACGUGAUCAAAUCUGUUUUAUUACUGAUUUCCACCAUAUUAUCAAUUCUACUCUCCUGAAUUCGAUUUGCGUACGUAAUGUCAAAGUAUCCUCCAUUGAACACACGAUAAACCAUACUGAAAAAGCCAUGGCUAGUACUCUUAUUUGUAGUCUUUGACCCCCUGAAUGUUUUUUGUAAAAAAAUUGUAAUCUUCCAAAUUAAUCUUGCAAUCAACCCUAUGGUAAUAUGAAGUAUUGAAUGCCGACGAAAGUUGGGUGGAUUGAAUUUGAGUGAAAGCACUAAGGUUCGAGUCUAUUAUGCGUGUACAACCAAUGUUGAGUGACCACGACAUUCAUUGAGCACCAGAGCUUCGCACCGAUUGAACAAAAUCCACACUUGUGUUUUUAUCAUCCUUCGUUCUUCAAUGCAUGCGUCUCUUGGGAGUUGUUGAUCUUUUCCUAGCAACAAAAUUAAUUCCACAUACACUUAUAGGCCAUACGAUCACAACGAAUCAGAC